AUGUCGCUGCGUCUGAAUAGAAGUGCACUCUCAUUUCCGUCGCCGCCUGAAUUCCUGCAGGAGCUGAAGACCGCAGGGUUCCAGGUGGAGGGCCAGGGGUAUCGCAGCAUAGCGUAUGGAUUGGCUGCCCUAUUCUCGGGCACAAAGCCGAGCGCAGUGCAGGGCGACCAGUCGCUGAGCCUGCCAAAGUCGCCGAACGGCAACGGGAGCAACAGCGUUGCGGCCAUCACCAACCCGUCGGAUGCAGCGCCAGCAGAGGCCGGGCCGUCAGCUGCUGGUGGCGACGACGCCGCUGCAGAGAACGGCAUCGUUGGUGUCGCAGGCAUCGUGCCUACAUUACAAAACAUUGUUGCAACGGUCAACCUGGACUGCCGUCUUGACCUCAAGACGAUUGCGCUCCAUGCGCGCAACGCCGAGUACAAUCCAAAGCCCAAGACCACAGCGCUGAUUUUCGCGUCGGGCAAGAUGGUGGUGACCGGCGCAAAGUCGGAGGACGACUCAAAGCUGGCGGCACGCAAGUACGCGCGGAUUGUGCAAAAGCUCGGGUUCCCGGCCAAGUUCACAGACUUCAAGAUCCAGAACAUCGUCGGGUCGUGUGAUGUCAAGUUCCCGAUCCGGCUCGAGGGCCUGGCAUACUCGCACGGGACGUUCUCGAGCUAUGAGCCGGAGCUGUUCCCUGGCCUCAUCUACCGCAUGGUCAAACCCAAGAUCGUGCUGCUGAUUUUUGUGUCGGGCAAGAUUGUGCUGACCGGCGCCAAGGUGCGUGGCGAAAUCUACCAGGCGUUCGAGGCCAUUUACCCGGUGCUGACCGAGUUCCGGAAGCCAGCCCUCGCUUUCGACUAG